AUGCCUGAAGAGGUUUUAGAUGUCACCUAUGCAUGUAUCCAUAUAGAGAAAGUCCAAACACGUUUUAGAAGUGGAUUCUCUAUUUACCUUGUACGUGUCUCCCUGCAGCAUGUGUGGAGUGAGAGCGAGGACUGUCUGCCCUUCCUGCAGAUGGCGCAGGACUACAUCUCAUCCUGUGGGAAGAAGACCCUGCCUGAGGUGCUGGAGAAGGUCUUCAUGUCAUUUAGGCCUCUCUUAGGUCUCCCAGACAUAGAUGACGACAGUUUUGAGCACUACCAUGCUGACAUGGAGGGUGAACCAGGGCCCGACCACCAGCAGAUGGGAGUCAGUCAGCAGUGAGGGGGUUCCAAAUGGAGGGCGCGCUCUAGAAAGCUGCUCAUCGGCCCAAUUCUUACCAUUCAACAAUCUUACACAGACACACACACUUAAAUAUAUCUCCCUUGAAUGUUCUGUGCUGCUUUGCUUCCUCUGAUGGGCGCACUUUGUUGCUCUGUGUUGACCCCUUUUUAGACAAACACACACAUAGGUGGGCUACGUGAGCGGCAACCAUGUACAAUGCAACUUUAUCAUAAUCAUUCACCUUCUGGGUAGUUAAAGUUAAACGGCAGAGCAAUAUUACAUCAGCUGGCUUUGUUAUGAAGAACGGCAGUCAGAUGGUUACAGCAAUACGCACUUUCCUGUGUGGAUUUUGAGAUCAGUGUGGGAGAUAGCCUAGUUUCUGUGGUUGUCUGUUGACUCAGAGGCUACAUUGAGGGAAGAUGGGUGAAAAGGUGACGGUUGGAGGCUUCAACUGCAGUAACACCCAAGCUAGAUGAUAACAUUUUCUGUUUAGGGAACAAGCAAAAGGGGGGUUUUGUUGUGAUGUAAUCCCAGGUGGUUGUUGGCAACUGGUCUGCCCCAGUUAUAACACAUAUGCUCCUAUUGUGUGCAGCUCAACAGUAGAAUGGGUCAUUUCUAGAGUAUAGUGUGCCUCUUAAUGUUUCAAAUUAAAUUAAAUUAUCUUGAUAAGAGGAUGUUUUAGGCAGUGACUAUUAUAUGACAACAAGAAGGCCCACGCUGCAGCAGCUGAAGUGCUUCCCAGUUUGGGUGUCUCAUUCUGUCACAUGACACCUCGGCGCUAUUGUACUGUAGUCUUCCUGGUUGGUGGUUCACUCUUUGCCCUAUUUUUUUCUUUAAAGCUCUGUUUGGCUGGAUUCCCUGAAAUUGGCCCAACUAAAAUCCAACCUUGUGUUGUCAACGCUCUCCAAUACUAAAACACGGGCUGUUUGGUAGACCUUUAUAGUGUCCUGAAAAACAUGUCA